AUUAGCAACGCGACGAAGCUAGCCUCAUGACGUAACAUCAGUUAUCAACGCUCAAGCUAACGUUAGCUAGCAUUAACGUAACCGUUAAAACAACGUUAGCUCCCGUUACGUGCUGGUGUUAACAUAGUUAACGUUAACUUGAUUUAACUUCAUAAAUGGUGUAACAGCAGGACAGUCGAGUGUGCUAACUAGCUGCUAAAGUCAGUUGAACCGGGGAAGUGAAGGUAACGUCGUCGGUAGCCGAGCCGGUUACCAACGGCUCCGGUAGGUAACGGCAAGGUGUUUCCUCUCCAGAUGAAGGUGUGGACUCUGCUAUGAGUCAGUGUGAGGACCGAGAGGAGGCAGCCCCUCCCUCUAAAGCCACUCUGUGUUGGGACCCUGACAGCCAGACCAAAGCUCAGAGCCCAGAGAAGCAGCACAGAUCUGGACCCGGACCAGGACCUGGACCCAGCUGUGUGUCCAUGAAGAGUGAUCGGUCUAAGGGUUGUUUGAUAAACUUCAAAGAUGGACGCCACUCUGUUGCUCAAAGAGUGGACCAGGAGAGCUCAGAGGGUCCCAGUGGUCAGUCUGCCCAGCAGCAUCAAACACACCUGGUCUCCAUAUUUAUGCUGCAGGGGGGGCUGGCUGACUGUCUGCAGAGCAGAAGUCCUGCUGCAGGUGGUAGGCGUAAACUCAAAUCUAAGCUGCAGAAGAAGUUCCAGCGUGUGUUUGAGGAGAUUUCUAAAGCGGGAAACCCAACCGUUGUGAAUCAGAUUUUCACAGAGAUCUACAUCAUAAAGGGAGGGACUGCAGAGGUCAAUGCUGAACAUGAGGUCAGACAGAUUGAAUCAGCAUCUAGGAAACCAGACAGACCAGAAACAAGAAUCAGACGAGAAGACAUCUUUAAAACCCCACCUGGAAGAGAUGAACCAAUCAGAACAGUGAUGACGACAGGAGUGGCUGGCAUUGGGAAAACAGUCUUAACACAGAAGUUCACUCUGGACUGGGCUGAAGACAAAGCCAACCAGGACAUCCAGUUCACAUUUCCAUUCAAAUUCAGAGAGCUGAAUGGCCUGAAAGAUAAAAAGUACAGCUUGGUGGAACUUGUUGAUCGCUUCUUUAGUGAAACCAAAGAAGCAGGAAUCUGCAGGUUUGAAGAGGUCGUGUUCAUCUUGGACGGUUUGGAUGAGUGUCGACUUCCUCUGGACUUCCUCAACACUGAGAUCCUGACUGACGUUACAGAGUCCACCUCAGUGGGUGUGCUGCUGACAAACCUUAUCAGGGGGAAACUGCUUCCCUCUGCUCGCCUCUGGAUAACCACACGACCUGCAGCAGCCAAUCAGAUCCCUCCUGAGUGUGUUGACAUGGUGACAGAGGUCAGAGGGUUCACUGACCCACAGAAGGAGGACUACUUCAGGAAGAGAUUCAGAGAUGAGGAUCAGGCCAACAGAAUCAUCUCCCACAUCGAAACAUCACGAAGCCUCCACAUCAUGUGCCACAUCCCAGUCUUCUGCUGGAUCACUGCUGCAGUUCUGGACGACGUGUUAAAGACCACAGAGGGAGAAGAGCUGCCCAAGACCCUGACUAAGAUGUACAUCCACUUCCUGGUGGUUCAGUCCAAAGUGAAGAACAUCAAGUAUGAUGGAGGAGCUGAGAUGGAUCAACACUGGAAUAAAAAGAGCAGGAAGAUGAUGGAGUCUCUGGGAAAGCUCGCUUUUGAGCAGCUGCAGAAAGGCAACCUGAUCUUCUAUGAAUCAGACCUGACAGAGUGUGGCAUCGAUAUCCGAGCAGCCUCAGUGUGCUCAGGAGUGUUCACGCAGAUCUUUAUAGAGGAGAGAGGACAGUACCAGGACAAGGUGUUCUGCUUCAUCCAUCUGAGCGUUCAGGAGUUUCUGGCUGCUCUUCAUGUCCAUCUGACAUUCACAAACUUUGGAGUCAACCUGCUGACAGAAGAACAAACAUCCUGCCAGUGGUUUCUACUUAUUAACAAACCUGAACCAUCACAGUUCUACCAGAGUGCUGUGGACAAGGCCUUACAGAGUCCAAAUGCACACCUGGACUUGUUCCUCCGCUUCCUCCUGGGUCUUUCACUACAGACCAAUCAGAGUCUUUUACAAGGUCUGAUGACACAGACUGGAAGUAGCUUACAGACCAAUCAGAAAACAGUGGAGUACAUCAAGAAGAAAAUGGAUGAGAAUCUGUCUGCAGAGAGAAGCUUCAAUCUGUUACACUGUCUGAAUGAACUUAAUGAUGGUUCUCUAGUGGAGGAGAUCCAACAGUUCCUGAGUUCAGGAAGUCUCUCCACAGAUAAACUGUCUCCUGCUCAGUGGUCAGCUCUGGCCUUCAUCUUACUGUCAUCAGAAGAAGAUCUGGACAUGUUUGACCUGAAGAAAUACUCUGCUUCAGAGAAGGCUCUUCUGAGGCUGCUGCCAGUGGUCAAAGCUUCCAACAAAGCUCUACUGAGUGGCUGUAAGCUGUCAGAGAGAAGCUGUGAAGCUGUGUCCUCAGUUCUUAGCUCCCAGUCCUCUAGUCUGAUAGAGCUGGACCUGAGUAACAACGAGCUGCAGGAUUCAGGAGUGAAGCAGCUGUCAGCUGGACUGAAGAGUCCACACUGCACACUGGAAACUCUCAGUCUGUCAGGCUGUCUGGUCUCAGAGGAAGGCUGUACAUGUCUGGUCUCAGCUCUGCGCUCCAACCCCUCCCAUCUGAGAGUGCUGGACCUGAGCUACAAUCAUCCAGGACACUCAGGAGUGAAUCUGCUGUCAGCUGGACUUAAGGAUCCAAACUGGAGACUGGACACUUUCAGGACGGACCAUGGUGGACUGCAGUGGUUGACACCUGGUCUGAGGAAGUAUGUCUGUGAACUGCAACUGGACACAAACACAGUAAAUGGAAAACUUAAACUGUCUGACAACAACAGGAAGGCGACAAAUGUGGGAGAGGAUCAGUCAUAUCCUGAUCAUCCAGAGAGAUUUGACUUCUGGGAACAGCUGCUGUGUAAAAAUGGUCUGACUGGUCGCUGUUACUGGGAGGUCGAGAGGAGAGGAGGAGUUGAUAUAGCAGUGAGUUACAGAGGAAUCAGCAGGAGAGGAGACAGUAAAGACUGUUGGUUUGGAUGGAAUGAUCAGUCCUGGAGUCUGAUCUGCUCUGAUGGUGGUUAUUCUGUCUGGCACAAUAACAUUAGAACAGUCCUCACUUCCUCCUCUGUCUCUAACAGAGUAGCAGUGUAUGUGGACUGUCCUGCUGGCACUCUGUCCUUCUACGCAGUCUCCUCUGACUCACUGAUCCACCUCCACACCUUCGACACUACAUUCACUCAGCCUCUUUAUCCUGGGUUUAUGGUCUGGUCUGGUUCCUCAGUGUCUCUGUGUCCUCUGCAGGACUGAGAGUCUCUCCUGUGGACAGAAACACUGACUGAAGAUCAGCUGCUGAAAUCAAAGUUCAGUCUGUUCACCAUCACAAACACUACAGACCAAACAUGAAUAAUUUGUGCCAAUAAAUCACGUGUCAAUUUAAA